AAAGUAGUGUAUCUGGUGUAUCUAUGUAGCUACGUUCACGAUGUAUGUGCCGAAUGAGACUGAUGAGAACCUUAAAAACACCAGAGUUUCGUCUCUGUGAACCUGCACUGUGAUCUCGUUUUGUUCCGCAUUUGUUUUCAGGGUAAAUUCUUACUGGGAAACUUGAAUAAAGCAAAAUAAAGUGAAACAAGCGAAGUCUGAUUUAACACGACCUACCUAAAUGACUAUGUUCGGUCGUGUGUUUAUAUCAAAUUUUCGCAAUAUAUCGCUUCUAUCGAGAGUAUGGAAUGGUCCUAAUGGAGCAUUGGCUGGUAAACAAGCUGAACAAAAAAUGAUAGCAAUUUUGAGGAAUACGUUUCCUAAAGCCAAGCUUAUCGAAGUAAAUGAUGUAUCAGGAGGAUGUGGUGCAAUGUUUGAAAUAAAUGUGAUCGCUCCUGAAUUCAAGGGAUUGAAUACUAUCAAACAACAUCGGAUGAUCAAUGAAGCACUCAAGCAAGAAAUCAAAGAUAUGCACGGAUUACGGAUAUACACGAGUGUUCCUGAGUCCUAGACAAUUUUUAAUUCUUUAGAGAAAACUGUUCCUUACAUGCUCGGUUGUACGUCGAAGCUGUACAAACUUUUGUAAAUUUCCCAUAUAUACAUAAUUUAAAGACUUGUACAAUUAUGUAAUUUAAUAUUUUAAUGACAUAUCUAGAUAAUGCAAAUACAAUAUACAUGUACAUGCAUGUACACUGCUGCUCAAAAGUAUGCGGACAUUUGUCACUUUUAACAAAUCUGUAGUACACAAAGUUACUAUCGUAUAAUUUUAAUUGCAAAAUACUGUAACAAGUACACAUUUAAUAUACGAUAGCAGUAUUUUAAAUGA